AUGGGCGUUGCAAUUGCUGUCACGCAGAGGCACGUCAACAGUGCGAGUGUCAGAUUCAGCGACGAGGACAGGAGCAAGGAGCGGGUGAGUGACCGAGGUGAGAUUUUGAUAAGCGAUCUGACAGGGAAAUCCGGUCACCAAACACUGCCCCAUAGCUACGGCUACGACAGUCUCGAGUUGUUUGCCGAGCAUCAAAGUAUGCUUCCCAUCGCUCGCAGGCACGCAAGGCCGCUCGCUCGUAGUCUCGCAACAGCGGCUAGUGGUCGGCUGGCCGAUGUCCAUGCAGAUUCAAAGGAAAGCAACCGAUGGAAAGGCACGAGUACUACCGGUGGAACGACGAAGCUCUAUAUCGACGGACAAUGGACAGACAGCAAGACAGAUCGAUGGAUUGACCUGUAUGAUCCAGCAAGUCGGACAUGUAGUACACAAAGAUUGCUCACGAAAGUGCCGGAGACAACUCAAGAUGAGAUGCGCUUGACCGUCGACAAGGCUCAUGAUGCCUACUUGGGAUGGAAAGACACCAGCGUACUGUCUCGUCAGGGCGUCAUGCUAAAGCUUCAGCACCUCUUGCGCGAGCAUAUGGACGAUAUUGCUCGCUCCAUCGUUCUCGAGCAAGGCAAGACAUUUGCAGAUGCAAAGGGUGACGUACUGCGCGGUCUGCAAGUCGUCGAUGCCUGCUGCGGCAUUCCCAGUCUUCUCAUGGGCGACAAGAUCGAGGUCUCGCGCGAUAUGGAUACAGAAGUACGCAAAGCGCCUCUUGGCGUUGGUGCUGCCAUCUGUCCCUUCAAUUUUCCGGCUAUGAUUCCGCUAUGGUCGAUACCCAUGGCAAUAGCAGCCGGUAACUCGCUCAUCCUCAAGCCGUCAGAGCGUGAUCCUGGCGCGAGCAUGAUCAUUACCGAACUCAUGGAGCUAGCUGGACUACCGAAGGGCGUGCUCAGUGUCAUGCACGGCUCAGUAGAUACGGUCAACUUUCUCUGCGACGAGCCCAGGAUCAAAGCAAUCACAUUCGUCGGCUCGGACAAGGCAGGCAAGCACAUCUACGAUCGAGCAGGUGCUACAGGCAAGCGUGUGCAAGCUAAUCUAGGCGCAAAGAACCACGCUAUCCUCAUGCCUGACGCGAAUCUCAACUUUGCGCUCAAUUCGAUCGCAGGCGCUGCCUUUGGAGCUGCUGGCCAGCGAUGUAUGGCACUUUCUGUCGUUGUGUCCAUCGGUGAACCGACUUGGUUGCCACAACUCGUCGAACGCGCAAAGAAACUCAAAAUGGCCAAUGGCUUCGAACAAGGCGCCGAUCUAGGACCUGUGAUCAGCCCGAUGGCGAAGACGCGGAUAGAGUCUCUCAUUCAGUCUUGCGAAGAUCAAGGUGGCAAGAUCAUACUUGAUGGACGUGGAGCAAAGACAGAAGGCUACCCCGACGGCAACUGGGUCGGACCAACGAUACUGCACGCAGACACGAGCAUGUCUUGUUAUCAAGAGGAGAUCUUUGGACCUUGCUUGACGAUCGUACAGGCCGAGAAUCUCGACGAGGCAAUCGCGCUCAUCAAUCGCAAUAAAUAUGGUAAUGGCGUUGCAAUCUUCACCCAAUCUGGAGCGACUGCGCGCAAAUUCGAAAAGGAGAUCGAAUCGGGUCAGAUUGGCAUCAAUGUGCCGAUCCCUGUUCCUCUGCCGAUGUUCUCAUGGUCGGGCAACAAGGGCUCAGUACUAGGCGGACAUUCGCUCUACGGCAGUCUCGGACUCGACUUUUGGACGCAGCACAAGACAGUCACUGCGCUCUGGAGACAGGAAGACGUUAUAAGCAGUCAAGCUGAUGUUGCAAUGCCCACACAUCGUUGAUAAGCAUGCAUACACAUAUGACCGAUGAGAAUUAGCUGGUCUCGCUCACUUUACAAUGGUGAUGAUGAUGUUAG